UUUCCCCCUCCCCCUUUUCCCUUUUCUCCCUCCCACCUCUGAGGUGUCCCUUUGUCCCCAGCCGUGUCAUGACCCUACCGGGAGCACACGGCCUGGGUGGUGAAGGCUUACCUGCAGAAGCACCCCGAGGGCAACAUCAUGAGUGUCAGUGUCAAUGGGGAUGUGCGCUUCUUCGACCCCCGCAUGCCCGAGUCCAUGAAGGUGCUGCAGAUCGUCAAGGGGCUCACGGCCCUCGACAUCCACCCCCAGGCCAACCUGUUUGCUUGUGGCUCCAUGAACCAGUUCACUGCCAUCUACAACGGGAACGGGGAGCUGAUCAACAACAUCAAGUACUACGAUGGCUUCAUGGGCCAGAGAGUGGGAGCCAUCAGCUGCCUGGCCUUCCAUCCCCACUGGCCCCACCUGGCCGUCGGCAGCAAUGACUUCUACAUCUCGGUGUACUCGGUGGAGAAGAGGAUCAGAUGACGGCGCCCGCCCCGAGCGGCCCCAGGGCGGGGCUCCUGUACAUAGAGAAAUCAUCGACUUGAAUGUUUCGUGUUGGCUGCUGCUGCACCCCAUAACUUGAACAUUUGUUCUUCUGACUUAGCUACUGAUGGGUUUGACAAGGGGAAGAGACAAUCUCCUGGUUUUGUUUUGUUUUGUUUUCCAGCUAUAUCCUCUAAAAGCUACAGAAAAGGAACAUUUAUUUUUGUUUCCAGUGGUUGGCUUCUCUGUCAGAAACACGGCUCCUGAGCUGGGAAGGACUUGGAUGAGGCAACGCCCUUGAGAAGGGUCUUGUUUUAGUCUUUGUUCCUUGUUUUGCUGCAGCGUGGGUUCUUCAAGGACUGUCAGGACUCACCUCCAGCUCCACAGGACCCUCCAGCUGCUGCCAACCCUGUGCCAAACCCAACUCCUGGGCCAGGGCAGCCACCCCAGCGUGGGAUGCAGCUGCCAGGGAGGCAGGGCAGCAUGAACCUCCUCCUCCUCCUCCCUGCCUGCAGCUUGCUCUGCCCUGGAAGCAAGGACACACCUGGUGGCCUGGGCAGGCAGGGGUCCUGCAGGAGGGGCUCAGGGAGAGGGCAGGAGCAGGGCAGGACGUCCCACACCCUAAAGCUGCAUUGAGGAAGAGGAGAGAAGGAAGGGAGCGAAGAUCUCGCACGUCCCAAGGAGCCUGGAGCACGUCAUUGGCGUCACCACCUUCCACCCAGGCCCAGGGUGCCCGUGGGGAGCUGGGGGCACCUCGGGCACUGCCCCUGCUGCUGCCACUGUCCCUGUGCCACCUGCACAGCCACAGAGCUCUGCCCAUCCUGCUCCCUGUGCUCCCCACGGCUGCUGGGCACCAGGAUUGGGCACCUGGAGCUGCACACCAUGGCUGGGGCUCACCUGCCCCUGUGGGAGCAGGCACGGAAGCACCUGGGCAGAGAGAAUCCCUGAGGAGGAGGAGGAGGAAGGCAGCUCUGAGCUCCCUCGUCCCAGCUGUCCAGGCAAGGCCUGCUCCAUCUUCUGCACCUUCCACGUCUGAAUAAUGAAUGUUUUGUCCCCUGGGAUCCCUCCUGGGGCUGGGGAUGGGUGUGGGAAGGGAGAGCACAGCCCAAGGACAGGUUUCCUUCCAGAGGGGCAGAACUCACUGCAGGAAUUGCCAGUGUUCCCCCAGCAGUGCCACGGGAUCUGCAGGCUCCAGCAGAGAGGGAAGGGCUCAGAACCUUCUGAGAGUGAAUUGAGGGGAACACAGUGAGGGAAGGGCUCAGAACCCCUCUGAACUGCCAGCUGUGCUGGGGAAAUGCAGGGAGAGAAGGGCUCAGGUCCCUCUGUCCCUAUGCAGAGGGGAUGAUGCAGUGAGGGAAGGCUCAGGUCCCUCUGUCCCUAUGCAGAGGGGAUGAUGCAGUGAGAGAAGGCUCAGAUCCCUCUGUCCCUGUGCUGGGGGGGAUGAUGCAGUGAGGGAAGGCUCAGAUCCCUCUGUCCCUGUGCUGGGGGGGAUGAUGCAGUGAGGGAAGGGUUCAGAUCCCUCUGUCCCUGUGCUGGGAUGAUGCAGUGAGAGAAGGCUCAGAUCCCUCUGUCCCUGUGCUGGGGGGGAUGAUGCAGUGAGAGAAGGCUCAGAUCCCUCUGUCCCUGUGCUGGGGGGAUGAUGCAGUGAGGGAAGGCUCAGAUCCCUCUGUCCCUGUGCUGGGGGGAUGAUGCAGUGAGAGAAGGCUCAGAUCCCUCUGUCCCUGUGCUGGGAUGAUGCAGUGAGAGAAGGCUCAGAUCCCUCUGUCCCUGUGCUGGGGGGAUGCAGUGAGGGAAGGCUCAGAUCCCUCUGUCCCUGUGCUGGGGGGAUGAUGCAGUGAGAGAAGGCUCAGAUCCCUCUGUCCCUGUGCUGGGGGGAUAAUGCAGUGAGGGAAGGCUCAGAUCCUUCUGUCCCUGUGCUGGGGGGAUGAUGCAGUGAGGGAAGGCUCAGAUCCCUCUGUCCCUGUGCUGGGGGGAUGAUGCAGUGGAGAGAAGGGCUCAGAACCCUCUCUCCCUAUGCUGGCCCUGGCUGCCCCUCUGCCCCGUGCCCACCGUGCUGCUGCUGGCCCUGGCACCGUGUCCCUGUGUGCUGGGGCACUGGGGCCAUGCCAGGGGUGGGCCCUGGGCACCCCGAGGUGCCCCAGGCCCCAGGGGCUCUGCCUGGAGAGGGGCCCAGGCACGGCGUGGAGCUGGUGUGGGUGCCCCGAGCACCAUCCCCGUCAGGGGUCACAUCCCAGGAUAAUGAAUCAAAGGCUUUAAACUCCAAAACUACCUAAAAACCCUCGUGUAAGUUACCCAGAGUUAAUUAUGGUCUAACAGAGCUGUGCCUCUUCCCGGGCUGCCCGCAGGGGUGGAACCAGAGUUUGGGAUCUCACAUAACCCUUUAACAUUCACAGCUUCAAGAACAAUGGAUUUUAAACUCGUAUCAGUGUGUUUGUGAAAGGAACAGGACAUUCCUGGCAUGUGGGAGCUGCUGCUCCUGCCUGGCUCUGGUGCAGCCCCACGUCCAGGACAGGGAAUUUUAAGGAAUUUGGGCUUUUACCUGAGCGUGUGUGGGCUGUGCUUCCACAGGUCUGAUGCAGAGAUUCAAUCAUGGGAUCACAGAGUUUAACCAAGGGUCUGGAGAGCGUCCUACCUUAAAAGUUCACUUAUCUCUAUUUAUUUUACAAAAAUAAAGUUUAAAAAAAAUUAUAUAAAACCCCCCACACGAUUGUAAUGUGAGAGUAAAAACGAUUACAGACAAAUAAAUGGUUAAUAAAAAAUAAAUGCAGAAACA